UAGGCUCAAAUAUUGAUUGUGCGCGGUAACUGCAUUGAGCGAGUGUAAUCAAAUCAUCCUCACGAAUAUUGGAAGGUGUACAAAUAACAAGCGCUCGUUUGCGUUUUAGUCCAAAGGUAUGAAAGGAAAACAGUGUAGACCUAAUUUCCUCGUGCAUUCGCUUUUAACGUGAAGACACCCAUGGAUACAGGUGACAACAGACGUAGACGGGCGAGGAGUGUGAGAGCCAAAAGAACUGGGACGCAAGAUGCGUCUGUGAAAAGGGAAAAUGCAAACGUCCUAAGAUCUUUGAGUGUUGGGAACACAGACGACAAUGAUGCCAUGGAGGAUGACGCUGGCUUUGUCAAAAAUUGGAGUUUGGAGCGAAGGGUCAUGGCUCCACGGUACAGUUUACUCCGUGAGGUCGGAAGGGGCAGCUAUGGCGUGGUCUAUGAAGCGAUUGCACGGAGGUCGGGUGCAAGCGUUGCAGUAAAGAAACUUCGAUGCGAUGCACCAGAAAAUGUCGAGCUUGCCUUGGCAGAAUUCUGGGCCCUGGCUAGCCUGGAGAAACGACACGAGAAUGUGGUGCAAUUGGAAGAAUGUGUGUUACAAAGAAACGGUGUGGCUCAAAAAAUGAGUCAUGGGAACAAGCGGUCCAAGCAGUACUUGCGGUUGGUGGAGACUUCAUUAAAAGGUGAGAGAGUGCUGAGCCACCCAGAGGAGCCCUGCUACCUGUGGUUCGUCAUGGAGUUCUGUGAAGGUGGAGACCUGAACCAGUUCAUCCUGUCGCGACGACCUGACCCGCGGACCAACAACAGUUUCAUGCUCCAGCUCACCAGCGCUGUGGCCUUCCUGCAUGAAAACAACAUUGUCCACCGCGACCUCAAGCCUGACAACAUCCUCAUCUCCGAAAAGUCGGGGACGCCAGUUCUCAAAGUCGCCGACUUCGGCCUCAGCAAGGUGUGUGCCGGACUAGGAGGCACCGGGAAGGACGAAGAGGACAAGAACAGAAACGUUGUCAACGUCAACAAGUUCUGGCUGUCGUCAGCGUGUGGCUCUGACUUCUACAUGGCACCCGAGGUCUGGGAGGGCCACUACACUGCCAAGGCGGACAUCUUCGCCCUAGGCAUCAUCAUCUGGGCAAUGCUGGAGCGAAUCACCUUUAUCGACGCUGAGUCCAAGCGCGAGCUGCUGGGAACUUACGUGAGGCAGGGCGCCGACAUCGUGCCGGUUGGCGAGGCGCUGCUAGAGAACCCAAAGAUGGUACUGAACAUCCCGCAGAAGCGCAAGUCCUCCAUGUCGGACGGGGUGAAGAAACUUUUGCAGGACAUGCUGGCGGUCAACCCUCAGGACCGGCCCGAUGCGCUUGAACUACACAACAGGAUGGACCAGCUCACGUGUGCCGCAUGACCCCCCCCCCCCCUCCCGAGAAUCGGAACUAGACCUUUUUCCCAGGUACCACUUUCAAACUUCCUGGACCCAAUGAAUCAGUGAAAAGGACACUGUAGUUUGGAAGACUGUGAAAUAUCUAUUGUGACAAAUGUGAAGAAAAAGAAAGCAUUCGAGCCAACUGCUAAUCGGAUACCGCAAAUGGAAUCAGUAUUUUAUCAGUACAGUUCCCAACCUAUAUUGUUACAGGGAAUGUUUUACUUGGCCUGAAAUUAAUAGUAGAAUAAUGAUGACGUGUACUCCAUUUAUAUUGAUAUACCCGUUAUAUCUGCUGCUUCGUAGUAGGAUGGCCAUGUUUGUUUGAACUGAAUGUGUCUUUGUUGUGGGUUCACCCCGUGAACCGGUGGCACUGUGUAUCAAGACACGUUUGUUAUAUUUUCAACACCUCAGGCUCUCGUUGCCCAAUUAAGUGUGCAUGCUUCACUGACACUCCACCAUCUUGCCCCAUCUUCCAUUGACAAAAUACAUUAUUCUACAUGCAGAUUUUCAUCCAGUUUCGUUUAAACUUGUCCAUCACUUGAGAAGGCAUGACAUAAAAUGGUGAACAAAUUGUUGAUUUGAUAAAAAUAUAUUUUUUUACAGAUGGUCUGUGCACCCUUGCUCCCCCCAAUCAAAUGAUAUAUAAAUCCAAGUAGCCUAAAACGUAAACACUUUUUUAUUAUGCCCCACCGUGCCUUGAUAAUCAUCUGAAAGUGGGAUUGAGAUGAGCAUUUUAAUUGUUUUCUUUAAUUUGACACUUUAAUUGAACCUUUUUUUUGGCCAUUUUUGUUCGGAAAGUGUGCAUUUUAAAGCCGAUGGGUGCCAUUUGAGAUGUGAUGAGAUUGAUGCUGUGGAGUGGAUAUUGUGAUAUCACCCAUAGGGAUAUUCUUUGAUUUAGACUCAGCCCAGUAGUAUGUCAAAACCCUGUUUAAGGUGUACCAUGUUUUUAAACUCUUGGAUUGCUCCUGAGAGACUGGCUGCCACCCUACUCCACCUCUCCUUUCCCAACUCAAAAUAUGUUAAUUGGUCAUGAUUUUCAUGUAUUUUGUGAAUUGUUUUUUCCAACUCACACUUUACAUAAGAGCAGCAUAUUGAUCUAUUUGAUUCUGUUUUAAGAUUGUUUGUUCUAAAUUUAAAAUAUUUCAUUUCUUUGCUUUUUGAGCCAUAUUGUUGAAAGGUAUUAUCUUGAUAAGCUUUCCAAACACCUGGUAGGAUCUUACACAAUAUCAUUCUUGCAAUAUCGCAAAUGUGUGACGAACUAUUACUGAGAAUCUUUAUCACAUUUAGAGAAAUGUAACCUUUUGAUCGGAGGAGAUAUCGAAUGAAAUUCACAAUCGAUUUAGUACAAAGUUUAAAUUUAACUACCUAAAUUAAACAAAACUACAAUCUCAGAUUGAGAUCACUUUUACUUCUGCAUUAAUAAAUGUUUUCCUCUUUUUUGUGGUUUACAGUCACUAAGCAGCCAUAUGGACUUGUUUCCAGUCAUCCUUUGUGUAUUAUGCUACCUCAUUUGCCUGCACAUUUGCAGACUUUCCUCAACUGAGCCAUCAUGUAUAUUUUUUAUUUUCUGAUUCUUUGGGAAGUAUACGGUUGUGAAUCUCAUUGCUAUCAGAACUAAGUGUAUGUAAGUUGUCUGUUCUAUUCAACAGUAUUUUUUUCAUUUUUAUUUGUUGCUUAGUUUUCAUUUGAUUAAAGAUGGGUCUAAAAUGGAUCAUUCCUUGUUUAACCUGAACAUCUAAAGGGUUAUCCAAAUUACACCGAAAAUUCUGUCAUUUUACAAAAGAUAAACUGGACAGUUAGGUUUUUGGGCCGUUUGAUCCUGUACCAAUUUUUGAGUUUUGUGUGCAUUUAGCUGAAGCUUACUUUUAAGGUAGACAAUUGUCUUUCGAAUGCAAUUGUAGUCUUUCUCUUAUGGUUUCUGCCAUGCUUUGGUCAUCCUCCGCUUGAGAAAUAUACCUCAUGUUCCGUUACUUGUUUUCUACCGGGGUUGGUAAAUUGUAUGACCUGUAAGCAAGCUCAAGGUCAGUUUUGUUUUUAUUUUGUAUUAUUGUUUGAGCUACCUAAUUAAAGGGACCAUGGAGCCAAAAGUAUAAGAGAGAGACUGCAUUUCUAAGUGUUUCUUUCAUGCCUUUUUUUUUUUUUUUAGGGUCAUUUAUACUACUUUAAUUCAGUUUAUUUCAAGAUCUUAAUGCAAUCUUUUUCCUCAAUUGAAAAUAUAACUGUAGUGUACCAUGGAAAUGUGCAUGGCAGGUUUGCAGUAUAGAAGGUGACACCAAAUAUCCCAAUAGUCUCAGUUGUACAGGUAUUUGGUACAGUAAAACUAACUCUUUGCUGCUGGGAUUGGUAAAUUACAGAUCUACCUGUCUGUUUAGUAAUGUGUGGUUUGCUGCUGAUUAGAGACACACUUUCGUCUCAUGUUCUUUACUUUCUCAAUCAUGCAGAGAUUGAGUCUUUUUAUAGUUCCAUUUGGUGAUUCACACAACAAGCUUCUAUGCAACCAUCCCUCACUUAAAACACUGUUCUGUUUAACUCCCUCUCUGCUUGUCAUCGUUCUCUGAGGGUUUAGAAGAGGAAUCUCCAUCUUGUCGUGAUGUGAAUUAUGCUUCCUAUCGUUUCAAUGGAAUUCACUGUCCUUGGUCUGGUCUUAGAGCUUACUAGAGAUGUUAGCUUCAGUGAAGACUUCUCUUUGGUAUCAUUGUACAUCUUUUGGUUUCUCUUUCAAUAAAGUCUAAAAACAAAAA